CCCGGACCCCCGCCGGCGCCGCCCGCGAUGCUCCGCGCCGCCAUCUCGCGCCUCGGCGCCCACCUGCACCGCCAGCCCUCCCCGGCGACGCCUCCCCUCCGCGCCCUCUCCACCGGCCGCGGCAAGCGCUCGUCCCCCACCGCGCCGCCCCCCGAGCCCGAGGACGAGGGCCUCAUGCGCGGCCUCUUCGUGCUCUCCCGCGACCCCGCGCACCCGCCGCGCCUGCUGGUGGUGCAGCCGCGCCUCCGCCGUGGCGCCCUCCUCGACUCCAAGCUCUCCGAGGCGCUCAACCUCGCCAGUUCCCUCGAGGAGUCCCGCGACGGCUUCGAGCACGCCGAGUCCGCCGCCAAGGGCGCGCCGCCGCACCUCGUCGUCCAGAACCCAGCCUCCCGCGGCCGCAACCAUGCUGAUACGUAUUUUGGACCUGGAACUGUGGAUAAUAUCAAGUGUUACCUGAGGGCAUUGGACGAAAAGGAAGAAUUAGAUGCAGUUUUUGUUAAUACGCUCCUCUCUGGGGUCCAACAGAGGAACUUGGAGGUUGCCUGGGGAAAGCCAGUUUUAGAUCGUGUGGGCCUUAUAAUUGAGAUAUUCAAUGCUCAUGCUGAAACAAAGGAAGCAAAGCUACAGUCAGAGUUAGCAGCUCUCAUGUACAUGAAGACUAGGCUUGUCCGUGUCCGCGGCCCAGGUGGAAAACUAGCUUUUGGUGCAAGUGGGGAAGCUGAAGUUGUCAGUGCUCGAGGGAGAGGAAGUGGCGGACGGGGUUUCAUGAGUGGUGCUGGUGAAACGGAACUUCAACUACAACGCAGGAGAAUCCAAGAACGUCGUCUAAGCUUGUUAGCUCAAAUUGAAGAUGUACGCCGAACUAGGGCGAUACAACGUUCGAGUCGAAAGAGGCAUGGUGGCUCAUUUGGUCAAGACCUUGUAACUGUGGCAGUCGUUGGAUAUACAAAUGCUGGAAAAUCUACUCUAGUGAGUGCACUUUCUGGAGCUGGUCUAUACAGUGAUGAUAGAUUAUUUGCAACAGUAGAUCCUCGAUUACGCAGUGUGAUUCUUCCAUCAGGGAGAAAAAUACUUCUCAGUGAUACCGUUGGCUUCAUAUCAGAUUUGCCUGUACAGCUAGUGGAAGCAUUUCAUGCCACCCUGGAAGAAGUUGCUGAGGCAGACAUGUUAGUGCAUGUGUUGGAUUCCAGCGCACCUGAUCUUGAGGAGCAUCGUUCUACUGUUCUACAAGUACUGCAGCAAAUUGGUGUUUCACAGGAUAAGAUCAACAAUAUGAUCGAAGUUUGGAAUAAGAUUGAUCUUGUGGAUAAUAUUGCUCUGACUGAUGGGAUUGAAGACGAGAUCUUUCUUACUGAAGGUGAAGAGGAGGAAGACUUGUUCUCUGAAGAUGAUGUGUCAUCAGAGCAGUCGUCUUUUGAUUCCUUGGAUGAUACAGUGGAUUCAGAGUCUCUGUCAGAAAAAAGUUGUGAAAAUGAUGAUGAUAAAAUGGCAUCUGAAGAAUCGAUUGCUGAGCCUGUCGAGAUGAAAGCAAUGAACUCUGAACUGUUACCCGAAGAUCGUUUUAGAGAGUCUAAUGGCCCGGAAGCUAUAAGUACAAGUGCUUGCACUUUGACAGAGCCAGUAUCCACUUGUCAUGUGAAAACUUCAGCUGUGGCUGGGACAGGAUUGCAAGAGUUGCUGCAGUUAAUUGAUACGAAACUGAAUGGACAGCAAACGGUUGUGCAGAGAAGCUAUGGACCUUUUGAUAGAAAAUGGAGACCUAGUUCUAUGGAUGACGAGAAGGCUGCAGAACAGUAGGGAAAUCACCCCUUUGCGCUGAUUAUAGUGGUUUCUGAGGGCAGUUUUCCUUGCGUGACGUUGGACUACUGCCACAUAGGCUUGAUGGAAAGCGCCAGUUCAAGCUCGUCCUCGCAUGUUCUCUUGUUCCUCUCCUCCCGUGUACGUCAGCAUGGCAGACAACUAAAGUUCGUCCUCCCCUGUUCCCAAGUUCCUCUCCUCCCCUAUUCGUCACCAUGGUCGUCAGUCCCGGGAUUGUCUUCAGCGCUCGGCCUCCGCGGUAACAUGAGGUCGCCAAUCGCCUUUGCAAGCAAGUUGGACACACUUGCUGAAGUUGUGAUAGCAAGCUUCAGAGUUUGCAAAGAAGCUAGAGAUUCAAGAAAAGCUAGGUGCACAGAAGCUUUUUGAAGUUCAGAAAAUGAAGAAACUUGCAAUGCUGUUCUGGCUUGUUUCAGUUGUUUUACCAUUUGUCUGUGUAAAGUGUAAUGGUAGUGUUGUCUUAGUUAGUAUGAGGGUGAAUUAAGCAGUACUUUGGCAUUGUGGCAGGUUGAGAGAUAAUAAAAAGUAGUGAAUGUAAUGUAGAACUAUUACUGAAUUUUGGCUAUGUCCUGCUUCUUAAUUUUCCUUUUCAAA